AUGGCGUUAGGAACUGUGAGCUGCUUCUUUGAUGGUUACCGGAAAAAUGGAAAAGAGGGUGAAAAUGCCUUGAAGUUAGUCCGAGAGAACAUAUCAAACUCAAUUAAGAGUUCCUCUUUAGGUAAUAACUCAUUAUAGCCUUGCUUUGUAAAAAACCAGUCGCCUGUGCAAACUCAGUGUAAUAUCCAUUGUAACUGAAGCGUUGCAUAGGGUAAAUAGGUGCCUAAGUAGUUUUAAAUAUCUAUUCAGGAAAGUACUCGAAAUACUGUGAUGUACCAGAAGACGAAAUAAAUAACUGGUUGGACUCUUUACUGGGGAAAGAUCGUUUGAAUGUGGAGCAAAAAAAUGAAAUACGAUGUCAGCUUUGUCAGUGUUUGGUAAGUACUACUCAGCUUCGUGUCAGUUCGUGCUUCGACUUCGAUCAUUGCAAGACUUGAGAGAUUAUAUUGAUUAGAUUUUUUAACAGCGUUAUUACGUAAAAUUUUUUUUGCUAAUAACGUUUAUCGCGCAUAUAAGCUGUACAAUAUUUGUCGAAGGAAUCGUUUUCUCUUUGAUAACAUACAAGCCGGUUAGUUUGCAAUAAUCUUAAUUACGUAGAUGAUCAAGGUUUCUAUUACGCAAAUUUAAUAUACUGUUUAAGGUAUUAUUUACUCGUGAAAAUGAUCUUACUCGUUUUUUUGUGUAUUUGGACUUUAUACACACGUCUCAAAACGGGAAUCUUCUUUUUUAUUGACUUGCAGAAGAGAAUUGAUGAAAAGUCUUGCAUAGCUUUGUGGAAAUACUGGCUUCGACCGGUAAGGUACUUGUUUUAACCUCGAAUGAAGACGUGGUUCUUGGGAGUGACGAGAUAUUCACAAACUUUUUGAAACAGUUAUACGUUCUUUCACUCAUCCUUGAUUUACCCAGGAAGUCAAAGAUCUUCCCAGCCUGAAUCAACUCACAGUAAAAUAAUACAGUGUACCUUGUCAUAUGUAGAGCUUGGCCCAUUUCAUUGGUAAUGUAAUAUUAUCAACUGAGUUGAUAGCAUAAAUUAAUCACAGAAAAAGAAAGAAGUUGAAAGCUGACAUUCGAGCAUUAGCCCUUUUUCAGAGCAAUUGUAGUGAAUUGGUGUCCACAUAACCCUCUAACUCCCAUGAAUGACCAAGACAGAAUUUCUCCUUACAAUAUCAAUACAAUAUUGAUCAAAUAGGUGAUGAGAAUAAAGAAAAAUAUAAGUUUGAGAAUUUACUAGUUGAUCCAGUAUCAAAUUCUCAGAACUAGCAUCAUAAGAAUUGUAUGGCAGACAGAAAGGAGAAUUACAAAUGAGCUCUGGGGCGUUAAAGUUUUAAGGAGGCCCAACAGUUAACCCAUCAACUCCCAAUAUCUCAUUUGGUAUCUCCUUUCUUACCCACAUAAUUCUUGUGUUGUUGCUCAUGAAAAUUUGGAAUUAGAUCUACUAAUAAUCCCUGAAAUGAUAUUUUUCUUCAAUCUCAUUACUUGUCUCCUCAGGGAGAAAUUCUGUCUUGGUUGCUUGUGUAAGUUAAGGAGUUAAUGAAAAAAACUGGUUGUUGAAUCAUUUAAAUUGUGUGAGUUGUAAGCAUCAUAUUUGUCCUUACAGUGUUACUAUGGAAUCAAACAUCAUGGUGGUGGGAAUAAAAGAUAUCCCUGUCCAUCAAAGGUGUACCAUCACCACCUCAUUAGGUUCCCUUGAAAUUUUACCAGAAUUCAUCUAUACUCCUGAGAGGGGUUUUGUGACUUUUUUUUUUAAAUCACAAGACGGUGCAAGGUGUUUUGUCCCAGAAAUCCAAUCAGCGUAUUCACCCAAAGUGAAAACAUGGUCCUUUCAACAUAAAGGUCAGGGUUCUGUGCUACCAAAGUGAGAUAUCACACAGUCAUCAACAAAUCAGAGCACAAGAAUCUCUAUAAUUCCCAGUGUCUGAAAAUUUUUAAUACGAUCAAGUCUUAACAGAACUAUUAUAUUAUGAAUUCAAAUUAAUCUUUGAUUUUUUUUUCAGGUCACAAAUCCCAUAUCGGCAUUACUCAUUGUUGAUGCUCAAAAUGACUUCAUGAGUGGGUCUCUGGCAUUAAAGCACUGCCCUGCUGGUGAAGAUGGUGAGGAAGUAGUGGCAGUGAUAGAAGAUCUGUUGUCUAAAAAUCUAUUUAAAGUUGUUGGUUACACAUUUGACUGGCAUCCACCAGAUCAUUGUUCCUUUAUAGACAAUGUGUCAUUGUAUCCUCUGCACUCCACUAGUCCUGUUAGUUCAGCACAAGCCAAACUAUUUGAUGUUGUGGUUUAUGACAAACUUCCUCUCAUCAAUCAAAUUUUGUGGCCAAGACACUGUGUUAUAGACAGUUGGGGAGCUGAGCUCCACAAAGGAAUCAAGGUAUAGUUUUGGUUAACAAAAAAAAUUGGAUUUCAAUUACUUGCUUCUUUUUCCUUCCUAUGCUGUAACCGUUGGUGCCCUCUCAUUCAUAGAUUAGUGAUCCUUUGUAUGCAUUGCCAUAGAUAUUUUGAGAGCUUUAGCUAAGACCAAUUUGGUGUCCUUUUGCAGAAAUUUUUUCUGUAUAAUGAACAAAACAUUGGCAGAAUAAAUAGUUGUCGGUCACAGACAGUGAGAUCCACAGCACUGGCUGAAAUAAAAUCCUUAUUAAAAGUAGUUUGCAUUGAAUUCCGGUGAGAAAUAACAAUAGCACUGAAUUAGAAAAGUGAAUAACCUUCAACAGGAACAAUAAAGUCUUGAAAUUUUUUUCUAUUUUGUUCACGUGCAAAAUGACAUCAGCUGUUUCCAUCUUUAUGUUCAGCCUCCUGGUAAAGAUGAUAUCACAGUGAAGAAAGGAAGCAAUCCCCGUAUUGACAGCUAUUCUGCAUUUUGGGAUAAUGCUGACUGUGUCCAGACUUCGUUAUUUGUUGAUCUUCUCAAACAUGGUGUUACAGAUGUCUACUUGUGUGGUUUAGCUUUUGAUGUUUGUGUGAAACAUUCAGCAAUUGAUGCUUUGGAGCAAGGGUUUAAAACUCAUGUUAUAGUGGAUGGCUGUCGUGGAGUGUCACCUGAUGGAAUUGCUGAAACAAUGAAGGAGUUUUUAAAGAAUGGAAUUGUGCUAAUUGAAUCUAAUAAGGUAUGUUUAACUUGAAUUUUUGUACAUGUAGACACUAUAAUACAGUGUAACCACAGGUGUAGUAAUAACACAUCUAUAACCAUUUCAUUCCCAGAUCUCAUUAGCAUUAUUACCCUUACUGUCUGCUGAAUAAUUUGUAGGAAUUUAGAAUCACUUGAUAUUCAGUCACCAUACUUUUAAAUGCAAAUUUUAGGGUUAGAGUAAAUUGCUACAGGUAAUAUAAAAAUAUAAAAUGAAGAUUAUCUUAAUGAAAUCAUUUUGCCUUGAUCAUUACUCAUUUCAGGUUUUUUACAUAUUUUGAAGUUACAGUACAUUUGCGUUUCUUUUUUUGAUAAUUUGACCAAGGAUCAAUAAAUUUUUCAUGCUUUUCGUUGCCUUUUUUUUUUUAAUCUGUUGGUUCCCAACUGGCACUUUUUUGUUGAGAUUUUAGUGGCCAAUGAUAUUUUUCACUUGCCAUGGCGACCAAAAUGGUUGCAACGUGGAGCACUGAAUGUAUUAAUAUUAUAGGGAGAAGUUACUUGUUAAUCUUAUCUGGAAGUUAAAGGGUAAAAUACUCCUAAGUUUCCUUACCAGACCCCUCUCUGGCAAGGAGUUUUACUGGGUACAGCCAAAUUGAAGGAAAAACUUGUCAAAAACACUUAGCAUCAGUUCUAUCUUCAGUCUUUCUUGGCCAAAAAAACUGACAGUAUUUUCUUUUUUAAGGUGGAAGAUGCACUCAGGAACAAGAAAGAGCAAGGUCAUAAAGUGGCGUGAAAGUAAUAUCAGCAGGCAAUUUCUGCUUCAUAAAUAUUUCUUUACUUUAUUUUGAUGAGUUUUUUUAUACUUUUUUUGUUACUAACUUAUGGUGCAGAUUCUGUCUGGAUUACUAGGAGGACAGUCGGGUUUGGUUCAGAAUUAAAUUAAUAUUGGUGUGCAAGAUUAAAUUAUAUAGUCACAUUUUGCUUGAACAAAAGUUUUAUGGCUCUUGUGUGUUGUUGUGUGUUUCCAGUGGCGAG